UAGAAUAAUAUAUAACUCGAGCCCCUUUAAAGAUUUUUGAAGUUAUUCAUUCAUUCCCUUUCACUUCGCAGAUCGCUUCCCAUCUACUAAAAGUGGCACUAGUGCGUCUUUCCAGCAACUUCCUCACGGCCUACCUAAUACCUACCACUUUCUCUAAUCGAGAAAACCAUCCCAAGAACUAAAACCAACACACACAUUUCCAACGUCGCAUAAACUUCCCUCCUUUUCUUCCUACUUCAGUUUGUGAGAUCUCUAUUUUAAAGACUUACAUAUCCACGUAAACAGAUACUCAGGUAAGAUCUUUAUUUCCCCUCAAAAACAGUUUGGAUCCAUCAUCUGUUUUCUCCCUCCGCCUUGUUUGCUAUCCAUCCACCAACGACAUCACCAAACAAUAGUAUGUGCUACCUCGUACUGUUGUUGUUUACUCGACUCAACGAAUGGAAUCUUCCAUCCAUAACCAAUCCACCAAGCAUUCAAAGGAGUCUCUGACCUUCACCAUUGCCCCUCCGGACGCCUGAGGGGCACUUGCUGUUUUUGCGUUGUGCGAAGUCGCCCGUCUUCAGUUCAUCAUAAGCACUGAAAAUGCAUCGACUGGUGUAUUCCUUCUCGCAGAUGGAUGUUUGGCGCAUGCGGAAGAGAUCGGAUCAAAUAUCGGUGACAGCCUGGUCAUAUUGGGGACCAGCACAGUCGCAAUCGUCCAUUCACUAGAUUUCUGGCAUUCUGUUAAAUAACAAAACCUUGCGUUACCGGCAAACAACAACUAACAUACUUCUUUAAACAGAUCUACAAAUCGCAGUCAUGGGUUACGAAGAUUCCGUCUAUCUCGCCAAGCUCGCCGAGCAGGCUGAGCGAUAUGAAGGUUAGCAGAUUUGUAGCUUUUGGUCGAGGCGUAUGAAUACUAAUGGAAACAGAGAUGGUUGAGAACAUGAAAUCCGUCGCUUCUGAAGAUCAAGAACUCUCCGUCGAAGAGCGUAAUCUUUUGUCUGUAGCCUACAAGAACGUUAUUGGUGCUCGUCGUGCAUCAUGGAGAAUCGUCACCUCUAUUGAGCAAAAGGAGGAGUCGAAAGGCAACUCAUCCCAAGUCACUCUCAUCAAGGAGUACCGUCAAAAGAUUGAGGCCGAACUUGCCAAGAUUUGCGAAGAUAUCCUCGAGGUUUUGGACAAACACUUGAUUCCUUCCGCUAAGAGCGGUGAAUCCAAAGUCUUCUACCACAAGAUGUAUGUAACUCGGCUUUUUGAAAGCCGGAUUUCGUUCAAAGACUUUUACUAAUGAUAUUAUAGGAAGGGUGAUUACCACCGUUAUCUCGCCGAGUUCGCCAUUGGUGACAAGCGAAAGGAGUCUGCCGACAAGUCCCUUGAGGCUUACAAGAACGCAACUGAAGUUGCCCAAACUGACCUUGCACCAACUCACCCAAUUCGUCUUGGUCUUGCCCUCAACUUCUCCGUUUUCUACUACGAAAUCUUGAACUCUCCAGAUCAAGCUUGCCAUCUUGCCAAGCAAGCUUUCGAUGACGCCAUUGCCGGUAAGUCUCAUGGUACUAAAUGAAUGCUACUAUUCUAACUAUCCUUUAGAACUCGAUACCCUCAGUGAGGAGAGCUACAAGGACUCAACAUUGAUCAUGCAACUUUUGAGAGACAACUUGGUACGUUAAACUGUACCCUCCUUGCAUUAUGAAUUCAGGUUCCCUCACUAACAAUAUUGAUUUCUUAGACCCUCUGGACUUCAUCUGAGGCCGAGCCAGCUGCUCAAGAGUCCGCUGCCGCACCUACCGAGCCAAAGGAUACCGAGGCCGCUGCACCAGCUGAGGAGAAGCCAGCUGCUGAAUAGAGAAUCAUCGAAUAUGGCGUUGAUGUUUGGUCGACUGGGCGUACGAGGGAUGGAGGUUAUGACUGGGUUUUGCAUGUUUCUGCAAACGAGAUGAGCAGAGGGCGAAUUUCAUAAAGAGCUUUUUGGGUGUCUCACUCGCAACUUGCUUGCCUUUAGACUCUUUAAUGCACCAAAGAAGACUGUACUUUCCCUUUCACACAUCCUUUCUUUACUCUGCGAGUGUCUCUCGAUCGCCCAACAUAUCUUUUCCUUUUUCACUUUUUUGUUGAAGAUCACUUCUACAUGUCAUUUCGCGGUUGUCGAUAGGCUACGGUCCGGCUGUUUUUCAUCAACUCCAUUAGACUAAAAAAAAGUAGCAAAUCCAU